GAGGUCAGCAAAAUCUCGAAGCAGAAGUCCAUAUUCCUCAAGGCACUCAAGGUCUCGUAGCAGGCACAGAUUGUCUAGAUCCAGAAGUCGUCAUUCAAGUAUUUCUCCGAGUACGCUGACUCUGAAAAGCAGCCUGGCUGCCGAGCUGAACAAAAACAAAAAAGCACGAGCUGCUGAGGCAGCCAAAGCCAGUGCAAAAGCUUCCAAUACUUCAACACCGACGAAAGGGAGCACUGACACUGCUGCGAGUGCACCGCAGGUGAACAAUGUGAAGGACCUGAAGAAAAUAAAAGCUGAGCAUACACCUUCUCCUACGAGCAGCGCCAGUUUGAAAAAUGACAAGGCAAAAGCAAAGGUCCUGCCUCCUGAAACAAAAGGGGAAAAUAAUUUAAUUGCAGACAAAAUUACUAAACCGAAACCUCCAGCAGUAAAGGAGAAUAAAUUGACUGUUGGAAAGCAGCCACCUGCCGCUGUGAAAGAGAAAAGCAAACCAAGUACACCAAGUGUAGUAACAAAGGAGAAGGACCGCAUUGUUGCACUACCAACCUCCACACUGCCACCCUUGCCUUUGCCUCCCACCCUGCCUGAAGAUAAAGAAACUGAUAGUUUGCGAGAGAAUAUUUCAGUGAAGUCAGUUAAAGAAGCAGAGAAGAAACUUCGCCAUCUGCUCGCAGACUUGCCGCUUCCACCUGAGUUGCCUGGAGGAACUGAGUUAUCCAAAAGUCCAGAAGAAAAGAAACCAGCAGUUCAGUUACACAGCAAGAGAAGACCAAAAAUAUGUGGACCACGACAUGGUGAAACGAAAGAAAAAGAAAUAGACUGGGGAAAGCGCUGUGUGGAUAAAUUUGAUAUCAUUGGUAUUAUUGGGGAAGGCACUUACGGACAAGUUUACAAAGCCAGAGAUAAAGACACAGGGGAAAUGGUGGCACUAAAGAAAGUACGACUGGAUAAUGAAAAGGAAGGUUUUCCCAUUACAGCUAUUCGGGAGAUUAAGAUUCUUCGACAGCUUAAUCACCAAAGCAUUAUCAACAUGAAGGAAAUAGUGACAGAUAAGGAAGAUGCUUUGGACUUCAAGAAGGACAAGGGUGCAUUUUACCUGGUAUUUGAAUAUAUGGACCAUGACUUGAUGGGACUGCUGGAAUCUGGUUUGGUUCAUUUUAAUGAAAAUCAUAUUAAAUCCUUUAUGAGACAACUGAUGGAGGGCUUGGCCUAUUGCCACAAGAAGAACUUUUUGCACAGAGAUAUCAAAUGUUCAAAUAUUCUACUAAAUAAUAGAGGGCAGAUAAAGCUUGCAGAUUUUGGGCUUGCUCGGCUCUACAACUCUGAAGAAAGCCGACCCUAUACCAACAAAGUUAUUACAUUAUGGUAUCGGCCUCCUGAACUUCUGCUGGGAGAAGAAAGAUACACGCCAGCUAUCGAUGUCUGGAGCUGUGGCUGCAUCCUGGGUGAACUUUUUACAAAAAAGCCAAUAUUUCAAGCAAAUCAAGAACUCGCUCAACUGGAACUUAUAAGCCGAAUUUGCGGGAGUCCUUGUCCAGCAGUGUGGCCUGAUGUUAUAAAAUUAGCUUAUUUCAACACAAUGAAACCAAAGAAGCAGUAUCGUCGAAAACUGAGAGAAGAGUUUGCUUUCAUCCCACCAGCUGCAUUAGAUUUAUUUGAUUACAUGCUUGCUCUGGAUCCCAGCAAGCGCUGCACGGCCGAACAAGCUCUUCAGUGCGAGUUUCUGCGAGAUGUGGAACCAUCUAAAAUGCCUCCUCCAGACCUUCCUUUGUGGCAGGAUUGCCACGAGCUGUGGAGUAAGAAACGCAGAAGACAGAAGCAGAUGGGCAUGACUGAUGACUCGACAGCAGCUAAAGUCCCCAGGAAGGAUCUCUCUCUAGGAAUGGAUGAGAGCAGAACCAACACCCCACAAGGCAUGCAAACUUCUUCCCAACUCAAAACUCAGGGCAACUCUAGUGUAGCACUUG